CCAGCCAAGCAGCAUGGAGAUCACAGCUCUGUGCACAAUUAUGGCCACUUUGAGUAUCUUUCCCAACAGAUCUCAGUUCUUCAGGUACGAGUCUGUUACACUGAGCUGUGGAGAGCUUAAAAACUCUAACUGGACAAUAAAGAGAAACACGUCAACAAAAACAAAUGAAGAGUGCUCCAAACACUGGGGCACAAAAAAUGAAUCAAACUGCUUCCUUCAAGAUGCUUACCCAUCAGACAGUGGAUUGUACUGGUGUGACUCUGGAGCUGGAGCCUGCAGUGAAGCUGUCAACAUCACUGUGACCGGAGGCUCUGUGAUCCUGGAGAGUCCGGUCCAUCCUCUGCAGGAGGGCGAUGCUGCAACUCUGCGCUGCAUGGAUAAACCGACUUCUUUUAUCCCAGCUGAAUUUUAUAAAGAUGGCCACCUCAUCAGGAACAGCUCUACAGGAAUCAUGACCAUCCUCAAAGUUUCAAAGUCUGAUGAAGGUUUCUACAAGUGUACCAUCUCUGGUAGCGGAGAAUCACCGGACAGCUGGCUGUCUGUCAAAGCUGGGCGACCCAAAUCUUUUCACUCCCCUCCUAUGUAUGUUGUGCUUCCUGUGGUGGGUGUCUGCCUCUCGCUGGCUGUGGUGUUGGUUGUGCUGGUGCUGCUGUUCUGCCUCUGGAGGAACCACAAAGGUGAAACUGACCCUGAUGUUUCCUACACUGAUGUCACCAUCGUACCGGAAGUGCAGCCAAAGAGUGACAAAGCAGAAACAGAUUCUGAAGCAACUUUCUAUUCAACAAUCAAACCAGCAGCCAGCUGAGCGGAGGCAUCAGAGUCUGUGCUGGGAUCUAUUUUUGUUUCGUCUUCAUGUAUAAAAACUGUAAAUGUAAACUGAGCCGAGUCCUGCUGCAGCUGAAGACCCGCUUGUUUUGCAUGCACUGCUGUAAAAUCAUAGACUUUUGUUCUUAAACUAUUUAUUGUUUAUUCUUUUUGUCAUUUUUUUGCUUGUGAUUUUUUUAAAUUAAUUUUUUAUAUAACUCAUGAAUAACAAACAGACACUUCCAGCUUGGCAGUUGAAGAAGUGAAUGAGAGAGUGCUCAGUUUCUGUUUUUCAGCGGUGUAUUGAGUAACCUGUUCUACUGCUAUGAAUGAAGCUCGGAAAAUAGAAAACUGGAAAAUGUACUCCAGAAUUACCCGACUGAGCCAGUCCCUUGCAAUUUCUCAUUACAGUUUCUGCUUUCACGUGUACAAGUGAAACUUCCUUAAUAUGUUUAUUAUGUGUCGAUCUGUUUAUAGAAACUGAGCAGACAGGGACUUCCCACUAAUUUACUCAUGAUUAGCUCACUUCCUGUUCCUUCUUUCCACUGUAUCUGAUUUCAUUCAGAUACUCAGAGCUCAUCAACAGAUCCUGUCAGGCUCUAAUUUUAAUCAGGUUUUUAGAAAUGUGGUUUUCAUUUAAUCAUUGUUUCAACUGCAUUUAAAACUUCUUCAAUUUUACCAUUUAUAUCUUUAAAUCACUGAAUUUAUGCUUUGUACUUUCCCGCAAACACUGACUCAUCCACUUGUUUGCCUCAGGCUUCUCCAUGUGAGAGGAAACUCAAUCCACGUGUCCUAGAAAUAUCUUGUAAUCAUACUAAUGAAAGCAA